AUGCUAGACGAUGCGACUCAACCAUGGGGCGUAAAGGUGGAACGUGUUGAAGUACAGAAAACGGCUUCAGCAGAGACAUCAUCCAUUUUAUUAUCUCAAGCGGAUCAAUUGAACUCGAAUAGUCGGGCACAACAAUUAACCGCAGCCCUGUUGCCUCUUCAGAGUGAAUGCGAAUCCAUUAUGAAAGAGAAUAAUGCACUCACGGCGGAGCUUGUUGGUCUUCAAAAGAGGCGCAUUGCUCUGGAAAUUCUCCUGGAACGACUGACACCACUUUGA